AUGUUCGCCAAGGUUGCUUCGUCUGCUGCUCUUCGCGGUGCUGCCCGCACGUUCUCGACGCGCGCUGCGCCCAUGGCCUCGCGUGUGUCGCCUGUGGCCGUGGCUGCGGCUGCAGGUGUGGUGGGCGCCUCGCUGUGGGCGCUGCCGCAGCUCCAGCUGGAAGGCCCGCGCACCAUCGCUGGUGAGUACAAGACAGCGAGCGAGCGCAGCUUCAUCAUGAUCAAGCCGGAUGGUGUGAGCCGUCAGCUGGUCGGCAAGAUUGUGGACCGCUUUGAGUCGCGUGGCUACAAGCUCGUCGCUAUCAAGUCGGUGAUCCCCUCGGAGGAGCUCGCGAAGCAGCACUACGCUGACCUCUCCGCUCGUCCCUUCUUCCCUGCGCUGGUGAAGUACAUCACACAGGGCACGCCUGUGAUUGCGAUGGUCUGGGAAGGCAAGGAUGUCAUUCGUCAGGGCCGCCGCAUGGUCGGCGCGACCAACCCGCUGGAGGCCGACCCUGGCUCGAUCCGCGGUGAAUUUGCCGUGAGUGUGGGCCGCAACAUUAUCCACGCCUCGGACGGCUUCGAGUCGGCGACCAAGGAGAUUGGUCUGUGGUUCAACGAGAAGGAGCUCGCUGUGUACGAGCCGAUUACGUGGUCGCAGGUUAUGGCUGACAACUAA